AAUUUGAAUAGGACCCAAAGAAAAUGUGGGGACUUGCCACUGAAGUGAAAACCCUACACACACGAUAUAAAAACCCCCAUCUUCUAUCUUCUUCUAUGCCUUCAUAAUUCAUAAUCACAUUCAUCUUGGUAACGGUUGAUCGGUUGUUUUUGUGAGCCAAUCACAUUCCUCCAAUUGCAGGAAUUUACGAUCAAAACAAAAAGAAGAAGUAGAAGAUAUAGAAAGAGAUUAAGAAAAAAAAAUGGGGUUUCUUUCAAACAAAAUCGAAAGGAAUGAGAUCAAACCAGGCGACCACAUCUACACUUACAGAGCCGUUUUUGCUUACUCUCACCAUGGCAUCUAUGUUGGAGGUAACAAAGUGGUCCAUUUUACGAGUGAUCCUAAGAAAAGCUGUUUUGCUUCUGAUGACAUUAUAAUGUCAAAAACAACCUCAACAACAUGUAAAGCAUAUGCAGCAGACUGUGGAUUUAGACAACCAGGAAGUGGAGUUGUGAUAUCCUGCCUGGACUGCUUCCUCCAAAAUGGGGACCUCUAUCGGUUUGAAUACGGUGUAAGCAAAGUUGCAUUCUGUGCCAAAGUACGAGGUGGCAGUUGCACCACUGCCACGUCAGAUGAUGAAGUGGAUACAGUCAUCCACAGAGCCAUGUAUCUGCUUCAUAAUGGAUUUGGGAAUUAUGAUGUGUUUAGGAACAACUGUGAGGAUUUUGCUUUAUAUUGCAAGACAGGGAUUUUGAUUGUUGGAAAGGAGGCUGAGGCUGGGUCAGGGUUUGGAAGAAGCGGACAGAUUUCAUCUGUAUUGGGUGUUCCGGUGGCGGCUAUUCUGACGUCUCCACUGAAAUUUGUGAUACCAACUCCGGUGGUUGUUACUGUGACAGCUGGCAUGUAUUGCAUCACCAGAUACGCAACUGAUAUUGGAGUUAGAGAUGAUGUUGUUAAGGUAAAUGUGGAGGAUUUGGGGGUGAAGCUCGAUCAUCUAAAACAACAAAAAUGAAUGGAAUUCAUCUCAUUGGCUUAAUUUUUACAUUUUGUUUUUUUUUUUGGAUUUGAUGGAUAUAGUUUGUAGAUUGUUACGGGUUUUUGUUUUAGGUUUUUAUUACAAAUGGGACUAAUGAAUUCAUCAAAAUUACAUUCAAACAUGUGUCUAUUUAUUAUAAUUAUAAAGCUAUGUAAACAAACGUAAUCGACACAAGAUCUUCCCAAUAUCAUUAUUUCAUUCACUAUGAAACAGAUGGUUUACAUCCCCAA